AUGCCAAAAACACACAAAGUCCCGACCUUCGCUCGAGCGUCACGAAACAGCGGCUUUGGAAUUGGGUACACCAGCCCGAUUAAAGCGAGAGAUGAUCGGAAGUCGCGCAUAAAAGUCAAGAACCUUGGCCACAACACGCUCGUGCGGGCUUUCCUUGCACAACUCGAGAAUCUGGAUGCCAACUCGGCAGCGCCUUCUUCCCCUGGGAGUUCCAGUCAACGACAUGACACCAAUGUCACUGUCCUGGAGGGCGACGAGGAAGUGCCCAUCGACGGCCACAGCGACGACUGGGUGGACGAAGACGACCAGAAGACAGGGCAACAUGUCGACGCGGAGUACCGACCAUACGAGCGCCCCAUUGCUGUGCCCGCUGGGCGCAGGACUCAACCGCUUGGAAUCAGAUGGGAAACCCAAAUGAAGAACCUGAAGGAGCCUCUACUUCAAUAUCUUUCGCGAACCAUGGGGAAAAGAUUAGUUCACCCCUCAAAGCUGGAGUCGAACUGCCGAGUGCCGGCUGGAAAUUGCGUACGGAAAGAGCAUACGGUAGUUCUUCUCAUGCAUGACUGUUUCGAGAAGACUGUAGUUCAUAGCUGCGAGUGCAGCGACAUAUGUUCAGUACUAGUUCUUAAUGGCUUUUUCCCAUCAUCACCUACGGCCCCGCGUCUCGCUGUGUCAAUAUCUCUCCUGGACUUCUACCGUGCACUUUUCGAGAGAUCCUGCGAUGCCGUGUACGCUUUCACGGCGGCGUGUAAGACCUACUACCAACGACGGGGCUUCCUCCAUUUGAGCGACCAAGGGGAGGUGGUUGAAGACGCCUGGAGGCGAUCCAUCGCAUCUGCCAUGAAAUGGUACGAGAAUAUUCAAGAUGAGAUACAACAAGCCGUAGACGACGCCCUGAGAGAGGCGGACGAGAAGAUCCAGGCCCAUAGGUGGGAGAAACAGCAGCAGACCUCCCAAAACUUGCAGGCAAUCCAUCAGCCUCGACUUUACGAAGAGCACGAAGGAACGCAGGAACGACAGGAGUGCGAUAGAGUAUUGCAGCAAGUAUGCCCUGCGUGUUUCGGGGGAAAGCCGGGUUCAUUUGGGAUGAGAUCGAGCAAAAGAAGGGGAGACUUCCACGUCGCCCUCGAUGGUAAUUUCAACCAUCGUCACAUCCGUCGUGAAGGGCAAAGCAACGAAAAAUUGUACCGACACCCCGAUUUGUACCUGACAGCGGAGUAUGUGAACGAAGUCGGCGAGCAUAUGAAGAAAGUACGCGAAGGACACCCUCGACCCCGAAUCGCCAGGGUACCCGACGAGGCGGUGGACGAAUGUGAAGACGGACACAUCGCAGGACAAGGGACCAAAGUGAAAACCAACACGCAAGUGUACGAUGAUACGGGUACGAUGGCCAUGGUCUGCAGACACGACUAUCCGCUCUUCCUCGCCAACAUCGACACUCCUGGCGAGCAGCAAAAGUAUGCUGUCGCUCUCAUCAAAAAGCUGUUCACCAUGAUCCCCCCCAACGCAACCGUGGUGGCAUUUUACGACGUUGGGUGUGUCCUUGACCGUUCCCUACAAUUGGUGAGUCUUGCGUACGGUAUCUGGCGUCAGUAUGAAAUUCUACCCGAGUCGAUCACCUCAAGAUUGGAAUUCUGCACAAGCGCGAUGCAUGCGUAUGCCCACCAGUGGGCGUGUCAACUCUACUACAAUCCGCGGUUCCAGGACGGUACAGGAAACACCAACGGGGAGGGCACAGAGAGGCUAUGGGCAAUUAUGCGAAAGCUCAUCGCGAUCGCGAGAAUGUCUUCUCGCUCGCGACGUCUCUGGUUGAUAAAUCAGCUGAUGAAAUCUCAUCGAAAGGGCACCCGACAGAAUCUGGGGAAGUGGGUCAAGACUCAGCGCACGGCUAUCGCAAAGCAGAUCCCCGAGCAGCAAUCCAUCCUUCAAAAAGUCGGCAUCCCAAUUACGGAGCUUCGGUCGGAGUGGGAGGACCAGCGAGAGAAGCAACUCUCCAUUAGAGGGCACCAACCCACACGGCUGAAGCAGCAACUAGAUGAAGUCCUUCGCAUCCAGGCCGACAUUGACCGUAUCGAUGCGCGGAUCGAGGCGAUGGCCGCAACUGUCCAGAAAGCCGACGAUGACGACGACCCAUACCGCAGCAUAUUACAUAACAUGAAGGUUACAAGGCAGAACACCCUCCAGAAGAUGGAGCAACACUAUGAAUCAUUGAACGUGGGGGACGCCUACCCCGAGUUGCGCGGGAUGGACUACAAGUUUGUCAAGACUCUACUUUUGAUGCGUGACCUCAAAAAUCAAUAUUCGGAAAGCGGGCCAUCGCCCAAUUUCUCGAGUUCGAUCGACUCAAUCAAGCCUACGGCGGGAAGGAACAACCCCUUGCUCACGCGCAAGGCCAUAGAGAACCGGCAGCCCGCCCUCAUGGCUGCGAUUGAGAGAUUCAACACUCACCGAGCGCAACUUGUCAAAUUUAUCAAACCCGAAUGGGGCAUUGUCCUCCCCCGUGAACUCCCGGUAAACCUCACAGAACUACGGGACCACUCCGAUCUCAUGGAGGAUGUAUGGCUCACGCCCGCUACGGGGGGAGCCCCUCCUCCCAGGUGGUUAGAGAGUGUUGAUGUUCACCGAGGCAUUCGGGCGAUGCUCACACUUGAGAGGUGCCAAGAGGAAAUCGUGCGCCUCAACCUAGAGGCUGACAACAUGUGUCGCUGGUACGGGCGAGAGAUUGCGAGCGUCGAAGUUUGCAAUCAGGGAGACACCCAACAUAUCGUUUUUCUUCUUGAAGAACACCGGCGCCAAAUCCUCACCCUACCCGGUCGUUGGGCGAGUAAACAAGUUCCGAUCCAUCACUACGAAACCCAUUACAACCGCGCACAAGAGCUCCUUGCCGAGAUGGGGAUGAGCCCAGGCCAAGCCGCCUUGCGGUGGGUGGACCCUGUAGUACUCGAGCUGGGCGAUCCCGACAUUCAACCGUCGGAAGAUGCGGACACUGUGGAAUUGACAGAAGAAGGAUGUCGUCUGCUAGAUGAAGUAUGCGAGGACAGUUCCACGCAAGAACCUCCGCAGUACAUCCCAGCAGUCGUCUGGGAAGUUCCCACCUCGAUCGCACGGGAUACGGAAGUAGCCCGAGCCAUCACCAUCGACGCAGGACCGGGGACUCGCGACCACAGCCUCAGGAGAUUUAGGCUGACCCACCGGGUAGUUGACUUCCCCACGCAGGCCAUAGACAUUCUCAGUUCACAAGGCCGACAACUAGACGACGACUACAUCAACGGUGGCGCAGCACUUCUGCAGCACCUCUUCACCCCGUUGAAUUCCCCAACCCCAGGCCUCAGCCCAGCGGAGCGGUGCGCCAUUCUCUCCACCUUCUCUCUCGUUUAUGUCAAGAAUAAGCGAGGAAUGAUGAAGGUAUGGGAUAUGGAGAAGGCCACCGAAUACUGGAGCAAGGAACUGUGGUUGCUCCCCAUGCAUCGCCCGGCGCCGGUCGAGCAUUGGGUCCUUUGCGCUAUAUACCCUCACCACAGGCAACUCCUUCUGUUUGACAGCUUUGGUGAGAAAGAGCCGUGGGCGGAUGAACUCCCGCUUAUCAUGAAGCUCAUCGAACACCUUGUUCUUGGUGCCAACACCCAUGGCCAUCCACUUCCCCUCAUCACGGAUCAAGACUGGACAGCUUUCGCAGCCAACACCUCCACACUGCAGACGAGCUCUACGACGUGUGGACUGUGGGUCCUCGCGCAAAUCGUGGCGCAUGUACGGGGCUUCCACGUUACGGGUGCAUCAGAGCCGCAUCUUCAGCUUCUUCGAGCAUAUCUCUACCGUCAGAUCAUCAAUCAACUCCCCCUCCGGGAACUGCAUUCCAAUUACCACGCGCGUUGA